UUAUCUGGAGAUACACUUGCAAGGAAAGUGCAAGAUAACUAAUGUUACGCCGACUCUUCCGUUUUAAUUGAUUUAGAGAAAGAAAAGAAAACGAAGAUCCUCUUCCCGGAGCAACUAGCCGGAGCUCUUCUUUUCUCUUAUUUGACUUUAAAAGUUCCAGGUUUCUCUUUUCAGAUCAUAAGGUUCAGUUCAGAUUGACAUGCUGUGAUUCCAGAUUCGGGCAAGAUUUGACUAUUGAUCGUUCGAGAGAGAGAGAGUCAGAAAACAAGAUGGACUAUUAUAGACCGACACUUUGUGAAAUCUUAGUUGCUUUUCUUGAAUUAGCAUUUGCUUAUUGUCUUUUAUGUGUAUCAGCUUUCGUCUUUAUUGCAUCCAAGUUCCUACCCUGUUCUGGAAGUCUUGGCUACCAAAACGUCUAUAAACUUCUCUUUGAUUGGCCAUUCGAAAUCAUACAAAGAAUCCAGAAUAUGGCCAUUACCAGUAGACCAAGAGUUUGGCAUCAUCAAGAACAAGAAGAGGAGAAGAAUUCGGUUAUUCAAAGUAAGAGCUUGGAAUUGAUGAAUAAGGUGAGGUUUCUUGAAAAAGCUGUUGAGGAAGAGAGAUUAGCUAGAGCUGCUUUAAUGGUGGAGUUGGAAGAAGAAAGAGCAGCUUCGGCAUCAGCAGCUGAUGAAGCUAUGGCUAUGAUUCUGAGGUUACAAGCUGAUAAAGCUUCCCUUGAAAUGGAAGGGAAGCAGUAUGAGAGGAUGAUCGAGGAGAAAUUUGCGUAUGAUGAAGAAGAGAUGAAUAUUCUCAAGGAGAUUCUCUUCAAAAGGGAGAGAGAGAAGCAUUUUCUUGAGAAGGAACUUGAAACCUACAGGCAAAGUGAUGAUGAUCGAGAUGAUGCUGGGGAUAGAGAACCGAUUGUGUAUGAUGUUCAUGUCAUUGAGGAUGAUAAAAAUUCUAAAAUGAAGCACGAUGGCACUGCGGUACACAAAGAGAGGGAAAAUGAUGAUCAGAUGAAGCAAAUGGAAGAUGUGUUAAAGGAUCAUGAUUCAUCGCCAUCACCUUCUUCAUAAAGUUCUUGUGUUUGUUAUAUAGUAUUUGCUUUUCUUGUUGACACCGUAUCUCUGCAAUCUGUGUUGGGUAUACUUGGUUUAACUUUGUGAAUAUCAAUGUACAAUUAUGGACAUCUAUACGCGCAUCAAAUGAAAGUAAUAAUGAAUGUUUUUUCCC